CCUCAGUGUCGGUACCCUACACAUUGGACGAGCACGUCAAAAUGGCGGCGGGCCAGUCUUGCAUUCUCGCGUUUGUUUUCAUAGCGUAUUUUCAUGUAGCGAAGAGCACUGGAGUCGCGCCAAAUAUAAAAUUGAAUGACGGUAGAGAAAUACCAAGUUUUGGACUCGGAACGUGGCUCGGAUUAAAGAGGGACGGAACUCGAGUGCAAGUCAAUGACGACUCUGUUGAGAAGGCCGUAGAGUAUGCAAUCGAUGCUGGAUACAGACAUAUAGACACUGCUCAUAUAUACAACACUGAGGACCAGGUCGGGCGAGCCAUCAACAACAAGAUAAAAGAAGGGGUUAUCAAGAGGGAAGACAUAUUUGUCACUACAAAGUUAUGGAACAGCCGCCACGCUAAAGAGGACGUAGUGCCAGCCCUGAAGGAGUCACUGAAACAGCUCAACUUGGAUUACAUAGACUUGUAUCUCAUACACUGGCCCAUUGGGUUGUUGGCCAACGGGUCAUUUGACACGACCGACAACCUGCAGACCUGGCAGGGUAUGAUCGAGGCUCGGGACCAGGGGCUCGCCAAGUCUAUCGGCGUCUCCAACUUCAAUGAGCAGCAACUCGACAGACUCAUCUCGUUGAGUCACGUCACGCCGGCUGUACUCCAAGUUGAGAUCAAUCUGAACCUCCAACAGCCGUCCCUCCUGGCGUACUGCCGUCAGCACAACAUCACAGUCACCGGGUACACGCCCUUCGGUUCCCUGUUCCCCAGCAAAGCAGUCGACGGGGCUCCACCCCCUCGUGUAGACGAUCCAGCCCUGGUUGAAGUUGGCAACAAAUAUAACAAGACUGUCCCCCAGAUUACCCUGAGAUAUCUGAUCGAAUUGGGAAUAAUUCCAAUCCCAAAAUCGACGACCAAGUCUCGUAUCGAACAGAAUCUGGCGCUGUUCGACUUCACCCUCACACAGAAGGAGAGGGACUUGCUGAAGAGUUACGACACGGGGUACCGGACCAUACCGGUGCUGCACUGGAUCCAGCAUCCCUACUAUCCGUUUGAGAAGAAACAGCAAUGAGACAGACAUACAUACAUUGUUAAUAUAUAGCAUUUAU